UCAGGGAGCUAACGUUAGGGUGAGAGGUAUGCUAACGCUGCUCCAUUUUGACAACGGUAUUUCCACUUAUUGCAAGCCUAAAGUUGGGAUGUUAGGACCAUCGAAGUAAUUAUUCCUCUUGCGUCGGACUUCCUGAUAGUUUCAGAGAGGGGAGCAACAUGUCGAGGAGGGAAAACACGUUUACGAGUGAAAAAUGGAGAGCUGUCCCGGUCCGGUGAGCUGAAAAAUGGGAGCAUCAGUAUCGCUCUGUAACGACCCGUCUUCAGUGAGAAUCCUGAAGCCCAGCGCGAAGGUCAGCCCAGAGCUCAUCGCUCCCACCCUGGUUUCAGAGCCUGAAUUGGCCGCCAGGUGUGUGUUUGGUGUCGCCUUGGAAAUACUGAGAGAGGAAGGACAGAUGGUCUGUGGAAUACCCCUUGUGUUAAGAGACAUGGUGGAGUUCCUGGAUAAGAAUGGAAUGCACCACAGAGGUCUGUUCCGUCUAUGUAGCUCAGUUGCGCGGACCAGGCAGUUGAGACAGCAGUGGGACAGUGGAGAGAGGGUGGACCUGGAGCUUGAGGGAGAUGUCCCCACUGUGGCUUCGCUCCUCAAACUCUUCCUACGGGAGCUGCCCACCCCCAUAGUUCCAGAACCCCGGCGCAAACAGCUGGUUCUGAGUCUCAUGGGUACUAGGAAAGGAUAUACAGUUGACACAGAGAUGAACCAGUCUCUAAGAGAAAUUCUUCACCACCUCCCUGCUGACAACCUCAUUAUUUUGUCUUACCUCAUCCACUUUUUGUCCAGAGUGGCCGCUCACAGCCAGUCAAAUCACAUGCCUGUGGAAAAUCUGGCAACCAUCUUUGGGCCUUGUAUAUUCCAUGUUCCUGCAGGACCCAGGAUGCUAGAAGAGCAGACUAUGUGUAAUGGCCUGUUGCUCCAUCUUCUCCUGCAUCAGAAAGUUCUCCUUCCAAUCCCAGCAGAGAACACACUGGCCUCCUCCUCACCCCCUCCUCCUACUCUCUCUGCUCUUUCACACUUUGAGAUCCGUCCCAGCAGCUGUCACUCCGAACAGAGUAGCAUGGAGAGGUUGGAGGGAGAGGCCACCUCAGCCUCAGUGACCAGUGCUGUUAACCAAACAAUACGGAUGCAGUCUCAACUCAACAGUCCUGACACACUGGCGUGCGAAGGUUGUGAAACCAGCUCUGACGUCAGUGCUGACAUUCAGAAACUGAUUUCAGACCAGGAGGUUUUGGAGGAGAAAGGUGAAAGUACGAAGGCAGGCCGUUUGCUCUCCUGCCCCACUGACCCAGGGCCAGAGCAGCAUCUGCACCAGAGUGGACCGUCUCCAAAGGUCCAAGUGAAGCCACUGGAAUUGUUGUAUACCACACAUGGCAACAGGACCUUUUCACAGAUGACACCGUUCACCUCCAUAUCAACGGAGAAAGAGGAGACAGAAGUAGACGAGGUACGGGAUAGAAGUACACCUUCCUCAGCCAUCAAUGAUGUCUGCUUAAUGGCUUCCACAGAUGCAGGGCAGACAUCAUCUAUUUCAGACCGCUGCAUGGCGAAUGAAUCACAGAGAAAAACCCAAAUGCAGAGGCAGCACGCAGAGAGAAUUUUAUUUUUCAGUCCACUAUGCUGCACAGAGUACAAGACAGAAGACAAAAUCAAAGCAUCUGAAUGGAAGAGCCCCUCCCUCAAGUUACAAGUCCUGGAGGCUGACUUGGGACCCUCACCAGCACAGGUAGACCCCCAAGUUGGGGACAACUUACUUGCCCAGCAACAGCCUCUUUCUACUGAACAGCAGAGCCUGUAUUUGACCCACAAGCUGUUCCUCCACUUGCCACCAUCACCACCUGCUCAGGAUAAUCACACGGUCCACUCAUCACAGCCUGUACAUACGCCGUCCCCUCCUUCAUCAGAGUCCAGUCCUGUCCUCUCCACUAUCACUCUUUCUACGGAAAUUAAAGGAGAUGAUACCCCGUCGAGCCCAACAGGCCCUAACACCAGCACGCUACUCUCUCGUUUUACAACGACUGACUGCCCGGUUCCCUCCCCGCGCUGCCCCAACCUCAGCCACAGCCUGCGGUACAACUUAGACCCCGAUACAGCUCCUUCUCCACCCUGUUCACAGCACAUACGCAUGACUCGCUGCCGCAUCCAUACGGAGCCAGAUGAGGGCUCUGUGUCCAUCUCAAUGCUCAACAGACACAUCCACUCCCUAAGGAAGAGGAUCAGACAUUUUGAGGAGUGUUUUGAACAGGAGAAGCACUAUAAGCCAGCCCAUAAUGACAAGACAGCCCACCCAGAGGUUGCCAGACUAAUGAAGGAGCUCAUCAAGAGUCGCAAGCAGCUUAAAGAGCUAAAGCUGAGACAGUCAGAAGAAGGGGGGCUGAGAGGACAGGGACGUUUUAACCCACCAGCUGAAACACGAAGGGCCAACAUAGACCAGAGAGAGGCAGCGCUAACAGGAACGGAGCUGCAGCAAAUUAACAACAACAGCAACACCAAGCCAAAUGUGGAGGAAACGGUCAACAUUAUAACCAACAGACUGAAGGAAAGACGGCGAGAGCUGGGACUGCCUGACGAUAUUAAGGAGAUGACCCAUUACCAGAUGACUAUGGAGAAGACUAGCAUGCAGAAGUGUUUGCUCCACUUUGAGAGUCUGCACGGCCGACCGAGUACCAGGCAAGAGCGGACUCUGAUGAAACCUUUUUACAAUCGUUACCGUCUUCUCAAGCAGCUCCUGCUUUUCUCUGCUGCCUCAACACUCAUUACGACCAUUGAAGAAGAGGAGGGCCCAGAUGAAGGGUGUCCCAAACAGCAAAGCCCCAGGCCGCAGCAACUUUGGCUGAAACCUCCCAGGUGUGUGUCCCCAGAUGAGUCGCUGCAUCUAUCUUCCAUGGAAAUGCCUGAAACACCUCUGGUGUCCCCGCUGGAGGAGGUGAAGGAUUUCCAGCCGCAGAUCAUCUCCAUGGCAACAUUACAUGAAGCUUCCAGACAAGAAUUACUGGAUCACCUCCGGAUGGCUCGAUUAGAGAAGCGAAGGCUUCACAAAGCACUAAGAGAGUUUGAAGACCAUUUCUACACACAGACUGGCAGGGCUUGUCAGAAGGAGGACCGUGGACCAAUGGCAGAGGAGUACUGCCAGUAUAAGACCCUCAAAGCGAAGGUCCGCUUACUGGAGGCCCUGCUCAGUAAACAACAGGACUCAACCAAGACCAGUUGAGUUAACUCACAGUGGGACUUUUAUCUAACCUAACAAGACUCAAUCAUAUCUUUAAAAAAUCAGGAUGAUGAGUCUGGUCUUUUUUCAUGCCAUGCUCAUUAUGUGGAUGCACUUGUUGAUGGAAGUUGGUGAUGAUCUGACUGAAAUGCUGGGCAACUGCGGAGUUUUUUUAGUCCACAAAACACGUUCCAUGUCAUUCAUAUGACGUAUCUUAUUAUAAACCUGAUGUAGCAAGUGUAUGUUAUGUAGCAUUAAUCUGUGUCAAAGAUGAAGAGCUGUAACAACUUGGUGUUAGUUACAUAUUAGUAAUUUAAAUACUGUAUGCAUAUUAUGGCACUUUGCUUUUUUCCUCGCCAAAAUACAAUUUUUGGACAGCUUUGUCCAUAGUUAAUGUGGAAACUGCAUUUUUAAAAAGUGCUAUCUUGGCAAAAAUGUGUAAGCUUAUAUGCAAUCAGUGAGACAAUCCUGUAGUUUUUGUGCAUGUCAGUUUUUUAAUCCUGAAUUGUGCUAUGAUAUGCAUUAAGAAUUUCAUGGUUGAUCUGAAUCGUGACCAUUCAAUUUACAUGUUCACCUUGGAAAAUAUGUGAAUGUUGGUGAACUUUGGCAUUGUAGUGCAAGUUAUAUCUGCUGUUGAACUUGUCUUUAUCCCCCCAUUUUGCCUAUAUUAAGUUAAUUCCCACUAAAUGCCGUUGUUGACAAUGAUCAGAGCUUUUGACAUUGUGCACUUCUGGUCUAUAUAAUUUUCUAUAUAUAUAUACAUAUAUAUAUAUAUGAAUGUAUCAAUAAAAAUAAAUAUUUUUUCACAUUUAUUCUGCUAAACACA